AUGUUCCAUUAUACUCACAAGAGUCGACCGAUACUACGAAGGUCAUUAUGUCAAUAUCAGUGUAGAUUAAAAUCCUCCAAACCUUCAAGCGAUAACAAUAAGAAGAAGAAAGUCAAUAACGAUCUGGCUAAUUCAUCUCAAUUAACAAAGAAAAAUCAGAACAAUAAUGAUCUUUCAAGUUUUAAAAUCAAAAAUGAACCUCCCAGGUCUUCACCAGCUCCGAUGGAUAAUAUAAUAAUGGAGACUUUACUUAAAAAGGACAACAAACCAUAUAUACCCAAAUCUCAGCAUAGAAGAGUAACAUUUGAUUAUCCAGAAUUACCAAACGAAGAUGAGUUCAAUACUUUGAAUAAAAAACCAAAAGUUAUUACGAGAUGGUCAAGAUAUUUUCCUAAAAUUUUGUCAUUCAUUGUGGCUGGUUGGGGUGCAUACACACUAAAAGUUUGGUAUUUUGAUAACCCCGAAGAAGGUGAAACUAGUAAUGAUUUAUUAUCUCCAAAUGAGUUUCAUAAAUUCAUAGUAACUCAUAAGGAACAGAUUGAUAAUGAUCAUUACAUAAUAGAAUUGAAACCAAAAUAUGAUAAAUGGGAAAUGAGUUUUGAAUCCAAUGCUGACUCAAAAUCUAUUUGGAAUGGAAACAAGAUUUGGUCAGUUGAAGUAAAACAACCCGAUAUUAAUGUUGUUAGGUCUUAUACUCCACUACCUUUAUACUAUUUGAAAUCCGAGUAUACUAGAUCAGGAGAAAGGAAGCCAUUAUUGAAAGUUUUAAAUCCAGAAACAGAUGGUAUUAAAGAAAAAGGGACAAUGUGUUUCUACGUCAAAAGGUAUCCACAUGGUGAGGUCUCUCGGUACAUAACUUCUCGAGAAGUAGGGCAAGAGCUAGAAUUAAGAGGGCCGCAGAUUGAAUAUAAAUUUCCAUAUCAUCCCUUGAACAAAUUACAUCAAAGACCAAUUUUUAAAGAUUUACCAUCUAAAGUUGAGCCAGAUAAUUCCAUUGAAUCUAUUAAAAAAUUUAACCGAUUACCAGAUGUUGAUAAUUUGAAUUUUUUUGCGGCAGGAACCGGUAUUGCUCCAAUUCUACAGGUAUUGUUUUCUGAAAAUCCUUAUAUGGGGUUUGUAAAUAUUCAUUAUUCUGCUCAAAAAUCAGGUGAGAUUGGGAUAUUGGAAAGGUUUUUAUUUUUUUUGUCAAAGUUGGAUCGAGUCAACAUGUAUUUUCAUUUGGAUAGUCAGGGAAAAUCUUCCAUUUUAAAUAAGAAGGAUAUCAAAAAACCUGAAACUCCAAAUUACAUCACACCCCAACGAAUGGAAUUAAAAACUAAGGCUUUGUCACCCGAAGAAUCGUUAAAACUUCGAAUGAGUAUACGAAAUGGUGAAGGUGAAUCUGAAAGUUACAAAAAAUUGAUCAGCUCAGCUGAAGAAAGGGGAGAAAGGUACGAUAGUGCUUUGGAACAAGCCAUGCAGACAUCAAAAAUCUCAAAGAAACCAGCUGCAUUAUCAAUCGUGUGCGGACCUGAGGGAUAUAUUGAAUACGUAGCAGGUCCAAAAGAUCUUGUAAAUAAAAGUCAGGGAGUAAUUGGAGGUUUGUUAGGAGAGAAAAAUUGGGACAAUUCGAAUGUAUACAAAUUAUAG